AAAAAGGAAGCACGCUACAAUUGCACGAGUCUAGUUGUAUAUGUGUAUGUGUAUGUGUGUUAAAAGCUCGAAUUAAUACUAUUCCGAAUUCCGAAUGAUGUAAAUAGUUGUGCUCCAAAAAAGACGGAUAUUAAUAUCAAAAAGGAAGAAGAAGAGAAAUUUGUUAUAUUCAUUAUAAUAUAAACAAGCGGAGAUUAUUAAGAUAUAAAAUUUGAGGUUAUGUGUAAUUAUAAUCGUGAUGUAAAGAGGAAAAUAUUUCUUGAUAAGUGAUAUUAUUAUAUAAAAAGAAAGAUUUGGAUAUUUUUCAUUAACAAAUUCACAGAGAAGAUAUGGAUCCUGAUUUUGAGGAACUUUCAAAUGACACAGAUGUAAUCGCUAGACUACAACAGUUCAGCGAUGCAGCUUUCAAAAUCCAGGAUGUCGUGGAAUCGAUUAGCGAUCCUUUGUUGUACGAAAAACUGUCCAACGUCAAUAAGAUUAAAUAUAACUUACUGUUAUCUUAUAGUCUCAAUAGCUUAUUUUGGAUGUACUUAAGAGCUAAAGGAAUUGAUCCGUCGAAGCAUCGAAUCAGAUCAGAGAAUGAAAGGGUAAAGAAAGCAAUGAUGCGAGCAAAGCAAAUCCAUGAUAGAAAUACACUUAUGCCACGUAUCAACAAGGAUGUUGCCAUGAGACUUGUGAGAAACAGUUUGUGGGAAUCAAAGCAAAAAGAGAUUGAGAGCAAAGAGAAAGAAACUGAAAAUUCUAAAGAUUUAUUACCUACAUAAAUAUAAGUUUUUUUU